AUUAUUUUUCCGAAGUUAUUUGAAAAUUUCUCAUAAUUUUUUAUCAUCUCUAGAAUCAUCUGUUUGAAAGUUCUUUAAUUAGGGAAUAAUUACAAAAUAUCAAGGAUUUCGAAAGGUUACUUUCAUCUAUGGAUGACGCUUUGUGCGUAAACUCUUUAACCGACAGCUUGGUUUAUCUCAUAUUAUCCCAAGCCACUAGUCAAGAUGCAAAUAUUCUCAAGCCAGCGGAACAAAAAUUACGCGAAUGGGAAACUGAUAAAGGAUUUUACACCUCACUUUGCAAAGUGUUGGCGAACCAUGAAGUCGACGUACCUGUCCGAUGGUUAGCCACUGUUUGUCUGAAAAACGGAGUGGACAAAUACUGGAGGAAAACUGCUCCCAAUGCUAUUUCUGAGGAUGAAAGAAGCAUAAUCAAAACCGAAUUGAUGAAAUGUUUCGAUGAACCAGUGGACGCUGUUGCAUUUCAGUUGGCUGUUAUUAUGGCGAAAAUUGCGAGACUGGAUUGGCCGAAAGAAUGGCCUGAACUGAUUAAUAUUCUCAUAGACAAUAUAAAAUGCAACGAUAACGAAGUUAGAAGACGCAGAUCAUUGUUGAUUUUGUGUCACGUUGUUAAAAUAUUAUCCACAAAACGCUUGAUCGGCGAUAAGAAAUUAUUCUGCGAUUUAUCAGCUCAACUUUUUCCUAUCAUGUAUCAAUUUUGGAACUUCUGUAUUGAUACGAUCGUUUUUAAAAAUCCUGAGCAGAAAAAAGAAAUUGGAUUCAGAUUUGAUUUGGAAAUGCUGCAAUUAACCACUAAAAUUUUAUUAAAAUUGACCGUUUACGGUUUCAAUAAACCUUACCAAUGUCCCGAAACAAUUAAUUUUAUCGCUUCAAUAUUUGAAAGAAUCAAGACAAUAUUACAAUUAAGAUUAGCUUUGGGUACUACGGACGAAAGGUGUAUGGUGUUGGUUGAAAAAAUAUCGUUGACGAUGGUGAAAAUUUUAUCCUCUGUGUUGGAACAUCAUCCUUUCUCGUACGCUGAUUUUGUACAAAUUACUUUCCAAUACUGUUUUUUCUAUUGUUUUACUGCAGAAGGCAACGCCUUGGUUUUUGAAACGAUACUGAUUCGCUGGUUGAAUCUGUUGAAAGCUAUAUUACUAUGUCAAGAGUAUAAAUUUCCAGAAAGUGGCGAUCUUGAUGAAAGGCCCAAAGAAUUAGCUGCAAAAGUGACAAUCGCCAAAAUGGCCAAAAGCAAGUUUUUUACUCCGGUGAUUGCGCACGAAAUUUGCUACAAAUUAAUUAACGAAUAUUUUAUAUUGACUGAGAAAGAUUUAACUGCUUGGGAUGCGGAUCCAGAAGCAUAUGCUGCAGAAGAACUCGGAGAAUGUUGGAAGUAUAAUCUCAAACCAUGCACCGAGAGUUUAUUUUUAACAUUCCUGAACCAAUUCAGAGACAUUAUUAUUCCGAUCGUCGUACGAAUAAUCGAAAGCAAUAAAUCGUCUCCAAACCCGGACGACAUGGCUGCUAUUCUGAAAAAAGACGCUGUUUAUAACGUGUUUGGACUUUCGGUGUUUGAAUUAUUUGACGAAAUAGACUUUGAUAAAUGGUUUUCCGAAGUACUAAUACCCGAAUUACACGUCAAGAGUCCUAAUUAUAGAAUAUUACGUCGCCGUAUAGCUUGGCUGAUUGGACGAUGGACCGGUGUAAAAUUAUCUACCGAAUUGAGACCGUUACUUUAUACAGAAAUCAUCAACAUGAUGGAUCCAUCAGAAGACAUGGCCGUUCGUUUAACCGUCGCUAAUACUAUCAAACAAUCCAUAGACGAUUUCGAAUUCCGUAGCGAUGUGUUUCUCGAACAUAUUCCUCGUUGCUUCCAAUUACUUUAUUCUUUGCUGGAGCAAAGUAAAGAAUGCGAAACCAAAAUGCAGAUCCUUAACGUUUUAUCUUUCAUUAUCGAACGAGUUGGUUGGGAUAUAGCUCCGUUUUUUAGUUCUCUAGUCAAUUAUUUGCCAUUAUUAUGGGAGCAUUCCAGCGAUCAUAAUAUGCUUCGAUGUGCGAUUGUAUCGGUUCUGACUCAAAUUGUCAAAGGUCUCGGAGAUCAAUGUUUCACCUUGGAGAAAUUCGUGAUUCUUGUCGUUGAAUGCAGUCUUGAUACUAAACAAGAAGGUCACGUGUAUUUACUAGAAGAUGGAUUAUCUUUAUUCAACGCUUUCCUUGAGAACGUCAACUCCGGCGAUGAAAUAUUUAGAUUAUUGUCGUAUUUGCCUAUUUUAAUCGAAAAAUCUACCGAACAUCUGAGGGUGAUUUUGAAUAUAAUGACUGCUGCGGUGCUUCUGAAUCCGGAUAUUUUUCUAAGGGAUUAUGGCCCGUGUAUUGCAAAAACGUUGAUCGAAUUGAUACCAGAUACGAAAGCUGAAGGCAUUACGUUGAUUUUGGGAUUUUUUGAAACUUUGAUCAAAAUCCGACCUUACCACUGUGUCGAAUUGGCUCAGAGUGUAUUGCAAGAUUCUCUAAUAAAUAUCAACACUAGUGACGAUAAACCGACAGUUUUUUCAUUAAGAUUUUCCAUCAUGGCGCGAAUCAUUUUGUUCUCAAACGAAUUAUUCGCCCAGAUCAUUGAAAACACUUGUGGCACUCAUAACAUCAGUCGAGACAUGCUUUUUUCAUCAUUCUUCGACGCUUGGCUUCGUAAAAUGGAAAACAUAUGGCCUCCAGAACGCAGAAAACUCUUAGGAUUGGCUUUACUCAAUUUGCUAACAGCUGGCUCAAACAUUAUUCUAAAUCGAUUCAGCCUCAUAAUUAAUGCAGCUGUCGAGGUCCUAAAUGACGUUCUUAUCGGCGAAGACGAUGGAGUUUGGGUCGAUUCAUUAUUGAUGACCGAAUCCAAUCUCAGCAGCAGUAACUCGGAAGAAAAAGAAUACAAAACAGAGCACGAUUUACGACUCAACGAUUUAACUCUCACCGAUCCUAUCCACACUGUAGAUUUUAGUUGGUAUUUUCAGAGUCAGCUGGAAAAAUUACGUAACCAGGUGGGAGAUGUGAAUUUUCAACAGUUAAUGGAUACAGUUACCCAAGAGAGCAUACAGCAAUUGAAAAUGUACAUUAAAACUUGAUGAAUUUUUGUAAUUCGCUUAUGUAUUUGAUAAUUAUUUAUUUUUUUACGUUUAUAAACUUGUUACGCUUUUUCGAACAUCUUGUAAGCAUUUACCUUUGUACUUUCGACGUACGAAUCGUUUCUAUACCUCCCUUCUCCAUUUUUUAUUAUAUGAACUAUUUACAAUUGUUACGUAAAUUAUAUUCGUAAUUCGUAAACAUGUACUAGACUUGUCAGAGAAAUUAGUAUUAUGAAUUUCAUUAAUAAUAUCGUUUUUUUGAUCAAA